CACAACUCUUCAACUUCUAUAAGAACCCCCCAAUACCUCAGUAAACAAACUCACUCACAACACAACUUCAAUUCAAAGCUUCAAGCUUAAGCCCAACAAAGCUUAAAAAAAGAAGAUAAGAAAACCCAAUAAUUACUAACUCUUGAAAAAUGAAGAUGGGUAGUCCUAGCAUGGGAGGCUCAAAGAGAAGGCUUUCAAGCAGAGGGCUUGGAGGAGCCCUUAGGGAGCAAAGGGCAAGGCUUUACAUAAUAAGAAGGUGUGUGGUCAUGCUCCUCUGCUGGCAUGACUAGCUAGUAGUACUAGUUGAGGCCUUCAAAGUUGAAAUCCAAAGCUUGCUUCCAUGACUAUGGAACAAGAUUUGGUUAUCUUCUCUUCCUUUGUUUUAUUCUUUUCUUCUUCCUUCCUUUGAUUCAUAUGGUGGAGUGUAUAUAGCUGACGGCUGGUUUAUUGUGGGAGAGAUGCAACAAUUUUUUGUAUGGAUUGCUGGCCUUAUAAAUACAUAUAUGGCUUGGCUUUAUGUACAUCAGAAAUAACAGUGAAUUAUUUAUAACAAUUCCAAUUUUUAUCAUAUA